AAAAAACGUGUAUCGCUUUAGAAUCGCUGACUGCCCCUUUAAGUUUUGACUCGUGUCAAAGGUUAUUAUGUAACCACUGUUCCCGUGGCGGCAGGUUUACACACAUUGGUUCAACUGAGCACUCGACUGAAUGUUGGACUGAGUUUAUAAUUAGUUUCAGUGUGUAGUAUUAGAGUAGGUUGUCAUUAGUGCGGCGUUAAGCAACGCGGGUGAAUGAACACGAGUAGUUUGUGUUUCAAAUUAUUAUUUGAUCUUGACUGGAAACAUAGCUUCUGAGGAGAAGCUGCAGUUCAGAGGUCAGAGGUCAAGCUCUUCAAAUAGUCUGCGAUGAAAACUUCUCGCGUCUAAAGUCACUGCAUUUAUUGAACCAGACCAGGAUCUUUCUCUAACAUUAAUCAGGGUCCACACAGACGCACGAAUCACUUUAAUAACGCGAGUGGAGAUUGUGCGGUGACAUCAGAUUCUUUUUACGGAAAACAAACACGUCCGUGAACAAACAGCUGUAAAAUUCAGUGUCAACGUAUAUGCAACUUGUCCGAUAGGUAGGUCAACAGCCUAUCUUUAUUAUAGACCGAAUCUGGGCCAAUUUAUCAAAAAAGAUCUGUACCAAUAAACCGCGACUGCAAAGAUGGUUUGCAGGGAAACAUAAUUGGGACUCAAUUAAGUUGAGUGCGUCGCGGUCAAGCGGAGUGAACGGAGUUGAAUCCGAGCGUCCUCGCGGACGCCGCCCGUAACGCGGCCUCUUGCUGGAACAGUGUGUGAGGGGGGGCGCAGUUGUUUGGGUCCUGCCGAGCAGCAGGAUGUGCCGUCAGUGUUUUUUGUUUGGCCGCACACUUUUAGACAAAACCCAGAGACAAAACAAUGUGCACCACGUCAUCGGGAGUGGAAUACGGGAUGGUCCUGCCUCUCACACAAGUACACAACAACAAUGCAUGGACACGGACACACACACACACACACACACACACACACACACUCCACCCUGCUGAGUGAAGUGGCCACCAACAGUAAUACCAAUAUUGAUAAAAAAAACAAAACAAUGAAGUCAGCUGAAGUCGUACUUGUAAAAACGCAACUUUUAAGCACACACACGCGUCACUGGACACAUUUGUCAUGACUGUUGCUGGGACGUGGGACAGGAAGACGCGCAGAAACAAACACCAACGUGCGCACGAGCAUAUUGUGAUUCGCUUCCUGCCCGGCUCUGUUCCACUUUACCUUGUGUGGUCCCUAUAUUUAGCUCGGCGCAGGAAGACCAACCAACACAGGCAGGAAAACUAAGUUUGGAAAGAAUCGAAGGAAGUCUAGUGGCCGCGCAGACAAGCAGCUCACACACUGGGAUCGGCCCGGGCUGAAUGUGCCACAGCGGCAGUUGCUGUAUGUGGCUGAGACGGACAAAGGGCCUUCAGAAAGACACUGGCCCCCAUCUGAAGAGGGAGUCGGGGAGAGGUUUUCUCUUGAUCCGGCACUGGCGCCCGGGCAGCGAUGCUGGGGUCAGCAGCACGCCUGUGGGUCCAGCUGGAUGUGGAGGUGAGCAGACCGGGCUGGAUUUAAACACGGACACGCGUGGAAGGUGGAGGCCACGGAUCUCUCCGCACACUGGCAGUCCCGGAUGAGGACUGCUGCUGCUCCAGGCUGCUGUGUUUACCAACAAGAGGAGGAGGAGGAGGUCAUAGCGUAGUAUCCACCAUGGGAGUCUCUCCGCUUCCCAGCCAAUAGCAGCCCCGCAGCAUUCGGCAGCAGUUGCAGCCGUCUCAUUGAAAGGACUCAUCUUUAACUUGGAUGGUUGCUGACACGCUGCUGUACAGGCGAGAAAAUCCAGACCGCUCCGGAGCCGCGAGUCAGAAGCGUUGACCUCCGUCCGUCCCCCAGCUUUGCACCAUGGGGUCGUCCACACUGGGAAAGGCAGCGUCUCUCGAUGCUCUCCUGAACGAAUGCAUUCAAGCAUUUGAUGACAACGGGGAGCUGCAGGCCAACCUACUUCCUCGAUGUCUGCUGCUGAUGCAUCGCUGGUACGUUACCUCCUCAGAGCUGGCCGGAAAACUGCUGAUGAUGUACCGUGACUGUCAUGGUGACAACUGCCAGGAAAGCAGACUGAAGAUUUGUUAUUUAAUGAGGUAUUGGAUCGUGACAUUCCCUGCAGAGUUCAACCUGGACCUGGGUCUGAUCAGGAUCACAGAGGAGUUCAGAGAUGUGGCUGGGCAGCUCGGCUGUGAGGAGCAUUUCAAACUCAUAGACAUCUCCACCAUUCCAUCAUUCGACUGGAUGCGUAAGCUGACCCAGCGGAAGAAGCAGGCGAAGAAAGGCAAGGCAUCCCUGCUGUUUGACCACCUGGAGCCCAUGGAGCUGGCCGAACAUCUCACCUUCCUGGAGUUCAAAUCUAUCCGGAGGAUAUCGUUCACUGAUUACCAGAGCUACGUGAUCCACAGCUGCCUGGUAGAGAACCCGACUCUGGAGCGCUCCAUCGCGCUGUUCAAUGGCGUGUCGCAGUGGGUCCAGCUCAUGGUGCUCAGCAAGCUCACGCCGCAGACCCGCGCAGAGGUCAUCACCAAAUAUAUCCAUGUGGCCCAGAAACUUCUGCAGCUGCAGAACUUCAACACUCUCAUGGCCGUGGUGGGCGGACUGAGUCACAGCUCCAUAUCUCGACUCAAGGAGACUCACUCGUAUCUGGCUCCAGAGGUUGUGAAGAUCUGGAGCGAGAUGACAGAGUUGGUGUCGUCCAGCAACAACUACUCCUGCUACCGAAAGGCCUUCAGCGAGUGCCAGGGCUUCAAGAUCCCCAUCCUGGGCGUGCACCUGAAGGACCUCAUCGCGGUGCACGUGGUCUUUCCCGACUGGGUCGACGACGGUAACAAGGUGAAGAUCCUGAACCUGGUGAAGAUGAACCAACUCUACAUGACCUUCAACGAGCUGGUGUCGUUGCAGAGCGCGGCGGCCCAGGUGGAGCCCAACAUGGACCUCAUCUACCUGCUAACGCUUUCUCUAGACCUUUACUACACAGAAGAUGAGAUCUAUGAGCUCUCAUUGCUCAGGGAACCACGAAACUCCAAGUCGCUGCUUGCGUCUCCAACGACUCCCAACAAGCCCCUGGCCCCGCUGGACUGGGCCUCCGGUGUCACCACCAAGCCGGACCCGUCUAUAGUGAAUAAACACAUCAGGAAGGUGGUGGAGUCUGUUUUCAGAAAUUAUGACCAUGACCACGAUGGCUAUAUUUCUCAAGAGGACUUUGAGAGCAUCGCUGCGAACUUUCCCUUCCUCGACUCCUUCUGCGUUUUGGACAAAGAUCAAGACGGACUGAUCAGUAAGGAUGAAAUGAUAGCGUAUUUCCUUCGGGCCAACCCGCUGCUCCAGUGCAAGAUGGGACCAGGGUUCAUCCACAGCUUCCAGGAGAUGACCUACCUGAAGCCCACCUUCUGUGAACAUUGUGCUGGAUUUCUCUGGGGAAUCAUCAAGCAGGGCUACAAGUGCAAAGACUGUGGCGUCAACUGUCACAAACAGUGUCGGGAGCUGGUGGUCCUGGCCUGCAGGAAGCUCAUCCGCUCCGGCUCGGUCGGCAGUGCCUCCCCGGCCAGGCUGACCCACAGCUCGCUGCCCAGCAGCCCUGCGAUGCCCACCUGCAAAGACGAGGAUGAGGUGUUUGAGUUCCCCGCGGUCACGUCGGCAGGUCCGUCCCUCGCCUCUCAGUCCAUCACCCUGAUGACCGGCUCGGCCCAGAGGAUCUCCGUGCGCCUGCAGCGGGCCACCACCAGCCAGGCCACGCAGACCGACCCCCUGUGGCCUGAACACAGCUGGGGGGCCGCGGACGGUGGCUCCCACACCUUCCCCAAAAUGAAAUAUAGGACUCACAGGAAGACUUCUAAAAACAAAGGUUUCGCCUGCUGGGAAAACCAGAAUGGCCGGCAGCACCAGGUGGCUUCGACCCGGUGCAGCCUGGAGUCUCAGGAGAGGCUGGACGUACAGAACGGGAUGACACUCAAAGGGGAGGACAGCUGACUUGGUAAGGGCCAGUCCCGAAGGUCCAGAAAGCCCCUGGCAGGAACCAGGAAGUUCUUCUCUCUGGGGGAGGUGCUGGGCUGCCUGCGGUCCCCCUUCAGUGACGCAAAGUCCUCGUGGCCUCUCUAGAGUUCGGCACGGAGCGAGCUACACGAGGACGCGGCGUGGCGGCCGGCGGGGGGGGGGGGGGGAGCAGCUCAGAGGACAACAGGCCGACACCCAUCUGGGGGAACGCUAAGAUGCAGCUUAGUCCCGGGGGAGUCGGUUCAGGAUGUACAUACAGUCAGCACUUUGUGAAAAGUGGGAAGAAGCAUACUUUUAGACUCGACAGAGACGUGGAGCCGGUUCGGUCGAGUGAAUGAUGGUUCCUGGGCAGUUACUUUUGAAACCCAGCGUGGGUUCAGCACCACAGAGUAAAGUCCUGCGUCAUCGGAGGAGAGCAGCAAGGACGUUGUGAGUGGUCCCUUUCCAAGUUGGAAAGGUGAGAGGAAACAGCGAAAGUCAAGCUGAAAGUGAAUGUUCAGGGCCUUCAACCCACACCCAGUUGGUAAUUGGUGAUUCUUCUUUUUUCAUUUGAACAGAACAUGUUGAUUUCAACUUGGACUUCAGUAACUGAAUACGGAGUCUCUUUCUUGUGACGCGAAAUUUCCAUGACACGCUAAAAUCCAACACAGGAGUCACAUUGAAAAGUCCAUCCAUUAUCUCCGCAGACAUUGGACGAGACCCAGGCUGCAUGUGUGCUGCCCUCUGGUGGAAAACACUGACACACUACACACUUCUGUCGUGUGCUGUGAUGAAGUGGCACGGCAGAUUCCCCUCGCAGUUCAUUCAGUUAUCAACGACAAAGAGACAAACGACUGUGUUUUUGCGCGGUACCUGCAUACAAAAAAAAAGAAAAGGAAAUGCGCAAUAAUUUAAUUCCGCGACAGCAAACAAAGUCUUGUGUCUCUUUCAGACGUGGUGGGGCUUUUACACACCUGUGCAUGGGGACUCGAGGUUUCAAAAUAUUGCACACGUGUUUUGCACAUUUUUUUUUGCAGGCAAAUGGCCUUUUUAUAAUGUCACCAUACAUUCAGUAAAUACAGUAUAGAACAAAUUGGAGUACACCCCUGGUCAAUAUACGUUCAAGGAAUUCAGGAAUUUAGAAUUGAAUACAAUUUCAUUUGUUUUUAGCCAAACCCCCAAAAGAAAGGCGAGAUGUUCUGCUGCUGUCGCUCUGCCUUCCUUUUUCAAAUCCUCUAAAGAUGCUUCUAUAUGAUUCAAGUCAGGAACGUAUUUGAUUUGACUCGGAUCAUUGUCACGCUUUGCCCCUCGAGACUAUUUCGGUACAAAUCUGCAUUCACGGUGCCAUCUCCAGGGGGCCCUGCUCAGGUCCAUGCCAAACGCGUUGGAUCUCGUCUGAUCCAGACACACUGAUCUUGGUCUUAUCAGACCAAAUAACCCCUCCGCCAACAUUCAUUGGGCUUAUUUUUUCGUGGUCUUCGUCAAAGUUCAAUCUGUCACCAACCGGUCAGACACCAGUUUCCUCAGAUAAUCCUUUUGUGUAAAAAGUGAACUGCCCUGUAUGACUCUUCCUGUGCGUCGUCGUCGUCGUCGUCGUCGUGUUCCUGCUGUUAAUAUGUUCACGAGUCCGCUGAUAAUCUUGGUGUCCUCUCCAUCGAAACUGAAACUUCAGACACACCAGGUUAUUUAACGACCUUGACCGUGCUCUUCGCCCUUCAGUGGAACUUUCCCAUUUGUUGUGUUCAGAUCGUACUUUGGGGCCUGUGUUUCCAAUGUGGUGUGUUUUUAUAUGUAUACAUACAAUCACAUACCUAUCAACCUAAACAUAAUACAAUCAAGGUAAGAUGGCACAAUUUUUGAAUCUUUUCACAUUUUUUGUUAUAGUGGUGUUCUCAUUUUUGGUGUAUAUACUGUAUAUAGUAAAGAUUUAUCCUGUGAGAUAAUCCCACUGUAAAACUGUCUGCAUGGAUUCGUUCACACACAAAUGUAGGAGACUAAUAAAUUACUCUUUCUCCUUAAAUACAGCAAACUGCAAUUAUUUGCUGGGAAAGUUACUUGUAUUUUUCUUAAUUUUGUUUUGAAAAGGUUGUCACUGCAAAUAAACUUCACAGUAUAGAUGUAUACAACAUAUUUAAUAAAAUAUUUUUGAAACAUAUUUGAAUUUAUUUAUAUAACAUAAAUAACAUAAUAAAAAUAAAGUCAUGAUAUUAGCCUGGAAGAGUGAAGUUGUAAACGAAUCAUAAUUCACAAUUUUCAAAGAAAAGGUCAAAAUAUUUCCAUGAGUAAAGUUGUAAUUUUAGGCUUCCUGUCCUUUUGGAGGAAUAUCAGCCUGUCCUGCGUUAAAAUGAGGAAUAUCAGGAACAUCAUAAGUGUAAAGACUUUGAAAAAUGUUUGCAUUGAGUAUUAUCAAUGUAUGUUAAUAAUAAUCUUUCUUUAUAUAAUUUGUUUCUUGUACCAUAAAGGCAUAUAAAAAUACUUAUUACUGCAUGAAGUAAUAAGCAAAAACAACAAAUUUUGUUCAGUAUUUGGACAGAGAGAAAAAAAUAUUUGAUUCAAAUAAAACCAGCUCUCCAGUACAA